AUGAGCCUCUUGCCCUACGCUGUCCUGUUAUACAUUCCAUUUGUUUAUGCUUCACUACCAAGUCUCAAUGGUACUAGUACCCCUACACUCAAUGUCAGUGACUCUCCACCCAGCUGUGAUACCAGAAGCUUGUGGAACAUCAUCUGGAGCUGCGCUGCUACUCUAUUCGCAUGCACAUGGACCGCAGUUCACCCAAACAUCCCAGGUAUAGACGAGGGGAAAGUGACUGUUUUCUGUCGUCGCCUAUGCAUCAUGAUCAUGGCGCUGAUUGCCCCAGAACUCAUAAUCACCUGGGCUACGAGUCAGUUUCUAAGUGCUCAUUGGACUGUGACGCAGGGGUUUUUUACGUGGAUGGGUGGAUUCAUACUCUACUUCGAUGACAAGUCGCGAGCCACUCUUCGACCCGACGAACUUUUGCGUUUUGUUAGUGAGGGAUCCGUGGACGUACCUGUCAUCACAGAGGCAGACAUAGAAGAUCGAAGCAAGGGUGACGCGUUAUCCAAGGGCAUUGCCAUUCUUCAGCUGGCAUGGUUCGUCCUCCAGCUUGUCGCCCGUUACACUCAGAACCUUCCGAUAACACUGCUUGAAAUCGACACUCUGGCUGUAGCUGCCCUGACCUGCAUUACCUAUGGCUUUUGGUGGAAGAAGCCCAAGGAUGUGGGACGUCCUCAUGCUAUUUAUUGGAAAGCAACUGCAUCUCAGCCAGGAAGAUUAGCCUACGAGUAUGUCAUCAACAUUGCUGCCCGAAAUUGUUCUUAUUCGCCUGCAUUCUAG